AAUUUUGGUCCACUUUCAUUUUUUAAAACAUUAAUACGAAUAAGUUUUUAAUAAGGUUUAAAAAAGGUACAUUUUAUUAUCAGUCAGGAAACUAAAAUAAAAAACUAACAAUGAAUAAGAAAAACAUUGAGGAUCUCGAUUUAUAUUCAAUACUCGAUGUCAAAAUAACAGCUACUGAAGCGGAAAUUAAAAAGGCUUACAGAAAAAAGGCACUUGUAUGUCAUCCUGACAAAAAUCCAGAUGAUCCCAAAGCUGCAGAAACUUUUCAUGAACUAUCUAGAGCUUUAGAGAUACUAAUAGACAAAUCAGCUAGGGAUGCUUAUGACAAAGUUCUUAGAGCAAAAGAAGCAGCAAAGUUACGGCAUCAAGAGUUAGAUUCUAAGAGACAAAAACUUAAGGAGGAUUUGGAACGACGAGAAAGAGAGGCACAUUCAAGCAAUAACGUUAAUUUGACUGAUGAACAAAAAUUAGCAGCGGAAAUAGAACGUUUACAGCGUGAAGGUAGCAAACUCUUAUUAGAAGAACAAAGACGAGUAAAAGAAGAAAUACAACAAACAUUGGGUCGUCUUAAUGAACCAGGAUGGGAUUCAAGUUUAAAUAGGAUAAAGAUUAAGUGGAAUGUAGAUAAAAAUGAUUCAAAUAAUGGUGGAUAUAAUGAAUCAAACUUGAGAAGAUUUUUAAAAAAAUAUGGAGAAAUUGUAGCUCUCAUAAUAUCCCCCAAAAAAAGGGGAAGUGCCUUGAUUGAAUUUGCAACAAAAGAAGCCUCGGAAAUGGCAGUGGAGUUUGAAAAGGGUUUGCCGGACAACCCUCUCUCAUUAAAAUGGUUAAAUAACAGACCUAUAAUAUCAAUAAAAAAAGAUGUUAAAGGUCCAUCACUUGUAUCAGAUCGAGAUUAUGAGUCAAUUGUUCUAACCAAAAUGCGACAAGCUGCAGAACGACAAAAAUUAAUAGAAGAGAUGCUAAAAGAAGAGUAGUCAAAAUAAAAUGAUGAUUACUU